GGUAAACUUGCCAGGGGUCCUGGGGCUGAGAAAGUGGCCAAACCCUCCCACAGUGGGCUGUGUUUUUCCCCCUGCUGCACUCUGGGCUGGUUUCUAUUCAAAUGUGGGUCAGGGGUGAGGAAGCCUAACGUCAUAAGCUUUGCAACAUGGCGUCCCGAAGGCUGUGAGAUGAGCAGGAGGAUGGUAACGAACGCUUGAGGACGAUCCCACCGAUGUAAAAAGCUUCAGGUGGUACUCGUGUAGGAAGAGAGCGAGAAAGAAGGAAGGUGGAAAUGGAACUGCCCAAUCAUGCCAAACAACUGCUGCUGCAACUCAACCAGCAGAGAGCCAAGGGGUUCCUCUGUGACGUCAUCAUCGUGGUGGAGAAUGCACUCUUCCGUGCCCACAAGAACAUCCUGGCUGCGAGCAGCAUCUAUUUCAAAUCACUGGUCCUCCAUGAUAACCUCAUUAACCUCGACACAGAGAUGGUUAACCCCUCUGUAUUCAGACAAGUUCUGGAUUUCAUCUACACUGGGAAACUCCUGUCCUCGUUGGACCAGAGCAGUGAGCAGAACUUCAGUGCCCUCUUAACAGCAGCUAGCUACCUCCAGCUCCAUGACCUCGCUGCUCUGUGCAGAAAAAAGCUCAAGCGCAAUGGUGGGAAACCCCUGCCAGGUAAACCCUCCACUCCAGGUCCCCUUAGCCGCUUACGCCUCAACAACCAGCGCCUUUCCACUUCUACACCUGCUGGCCCCAAAAACCACUACCCUCCGACCCCUUCUGAUGCCGACCAGCCGCAGCCAGAUGAGGGCCUUCGGGACAAGCUCUCAGACGACGAAAUGUUUGUUGGCAGCUCUGGGAGGAAUGGCAAUGGGGGGAAUGGCAGCAGUAACGGUAACCUCAGCAGUGGAGGAAGUGCUGGGGAGCCAGACCUCGGACUGGACUUGUCCAAGAAGAGUCCUCCCUCUGCAGCCACUGAUGCGCUCAGCCCACACAGCAACUCCCAAGAGUCCCCUCAAUCUGCCUCAGUAUCCACAACCAACAGUGCCUCGCUGGAUGACUCCUCUACCACCCUACCAGGUGUGGACGCCUGUGGCUCAGAAACCACGGAUCUCAACCCUAAAGCCUCAGAAGAAACCGAAAACCAGCCCGAUGGCCCCCCACCCCAAAAGAAAUCGCGGCAGGGUGCUCGCAAGAACGAAUGGCCUAAGAAAGAGGCGUCAGGGUUGAAGACCGAAGAUCACGACAGGCCCCUGGUUAAUGGGGUGAUUGUGGGUCCUAAAGAUGGCCGCUCCUCUGACCAGGCCUUUCAGUGUAAAGACGAGGAAGACGCUGGAGAGAACGGCCAGGACCACACUGACGAGAGUGGGCAAAGUGAUGGAGAGAGUGCAGGAGGUCGAGGAGGAACGGGAGGGGGACAACACGGCGCCAACUACGUGUACAGACAGGAAGGUUUUGAACCAGCGUUUGGCGACAACCUCUACGUGUGCAUUCCCUGCGGCAAAGGCUUCCCCAGUUCUGAGCAGCUCAACGCCCACGUGGAGACGCACAACGAGGACGAGCUCUACAUCAAAGAGGAGGGAGGGACCUUCGUGAAAGAGGAGGACGAGGAGGAGGCAGAGGACCUCUCCGCAGCCGUGGGCCCUUCCAGCUUUGGUUCCGAUGCGCGUCCGUUCAAGUGCACAGUCUGCAGUAAGAGCUACAAAGACCCGGCCACGCUGAGGCAACACGAAAAAAGCCAUUGGCUGACCAGGCCUUUUCCCUGCAACAUCUGCGGCAAAAUGUUCACCCAGAGGGGCACCAUGACCCGCCACAUGCGCAGCCACCUUGGCCUCAAGCCGUUUGCCUGCGAAGAGUGCGGCAUGCGCUUCACACGCCAGUACCGUCUGACAGAGCACAUGCGCGUCCACUCCGGGGAGAAGCCGUAUGAAUGCCAGCUCUGUGGGGGGAAGUUUACCCAGCAGCGUAACCUCAUCAGUCACCUAAGGAUGCACACCUCACCCUCUUAGAAAUGUAUCAAGCCAAAGAACUUUGGGAUAUAGAAGGAAAAAUUCCAUCUUACCACGACCCGGCUGAAAUGAGAUAGCUGUUAGCCACAGAGUGGGUCUUGGUGAUGGUGGGAAGUUGAUGCAAGGAUCAUGUCAUAAUUCAUACCAAGCGACGUCUUCUCACCUCUCAGGAGUUCUAGAAGGACAAAUUACUCCGUCUCUUGCCAAAGUCUCAAAGCCAUGUUGGUGUGGCACGACUUCUGGUCUGCAUUGCAAAGUCUGUCAAAUGUAAAUGUGGCUACUGAUGUAAUGAUGAGCCGCCGCCAGACCCCCACCUAGUGUCCCUCAGCAGCUUAUCGCUCGUCUACCAUUUUUUGCGCUUUUUCAGAUUGCUCCUCAAACUGAUCAACCCUUGAGUCCCCUGUAUGAACUCAAGUGCUAUCUUGACCAAAAACCCGUUCAAACAAUACUGGCAAUAAUUCAGCAAAAAACUAUUUUGAACCCUUACAGCUUUAUAUCCAUUGUUAUGUUGGUGAUGGGGAUCUGUGUGUGAAAGGAGGGGUAACUGGGUUUGGGACCAUCUCCAUGCUUUAACUGACAGUCCUGAAAGAAAUGGUGGGAUGACAUUGGAUUCGGUUUUUGUUUUACAGACCACAAACAAGCAGGUCUCUCUCUGUGGCUGCUUGCAGCAAUACACGGUGAAUGUUCAUUGUUGUUGGUUUUGCCUGCUAGUGCUCCCAGGAAUUCAUCCUGGUUGGAUAGACAAACCCCCUUGAGGUACUUGAUUUACUCAAAGAACUUGUAAUGUUUCGGUGAAUGUUUAAACUGGAAAGUCUUGGGAUUUUUCUUGUUGGGGGGAGGGGGGUUGGCUGGAUUGGGUGGGCAGUUUAAAAGGGGUAAAGAGAGGGUGUUUUAGACUGAACAUGAUCAGUUGGUAUGUUUUUAUUUUUUUGUCUGUAUAGCUUUCCUCCCCUCAGAAAAAAAUAGUCUAUUUAUAUAGGCUUAUGACCUCGCUACCUCUGAUUACUCUUACAAACUCUGUUGAUUAGUUGAAAGUUCUUAUGUAAUUAAUUGUAAAAAGUGUGUAGAUUAUGGUAACUUUUCACCUAAUGCUUUAACCUGCCCAUCUCUCAACACAUGUUUUUAAUGCUCAUAGAUUUUAGACAUUAAUAGUUUUUUCUUUAGCUGUUGUUUUUACUUGUCAACAGUUUUUUGGGGUGCCCUGCUCAGUGUGGACCCGCCUCAAAGUGUAGUGUAGCUACCCGCCUGGAGCAGACAGUGGUUAGUUAGCCUACAUGUAUAGUGUUCCAAAGAUCUAAUGAAUGUUGAGGAGAACAGAGCUAACUAACAUUGCUAGACAAGUUCAUAACCAAAGUUUUAAAAAAAAGAUGUACUUAAGAUAUAUAGCAUACUAAAUUAUUUCACUUUUGAUUUCUUUUUUGCUGUAUAAAACAAAUUAUGAAUUUAUAUUUCAGACGAAGAGAGCCACUCUUUUGACGGAGCUUUGGUCAAUGACUCUGAGACUGAGGCAGCUUCUUGUGGUUUGCAAGGAAAGCUUGUGCUGAUUGGUGGGCUGGUGUGAUUUUAAACAUGGUUACGUUUUUUUUUUUUUUUUUUUUAAAGAGGUGUUCCCGGAACAUGUUUCCUUGGUUUCAUUUGGUUGAUAUCCAAAGUCCGUAUCACUUUAUAUUCCCUGACUUAAAAAACAGGACUUUGUGAAAUUCUAAUGUGUUCUGUUUCAGACCAAAAAAAGCAAAAAAAGAUAGGAAUUAUAAUCAGAAUUUUAAUGUGAAGUUCAAGUUGCUUUUUUUUUUUUUUUUUUUUGAGCCAGACAUGUGAAAACUUGUAAAGAAGAAGGGGGGAGAAGAGAUGCACUGGACAUUUGGACAACCCACUCCUCUCCCGCGGCAUCCUUUUUUCAACUGAUUAUAUUCCAUGAUAUCACAGAAUGAUUUUAAAAUUAUUUUUAACCUCCUGAAGCUUUACCUCAUCCUAAGCAACUGUCAGCUGGGAACCCUCCCUCCUGCUGUCUGCUGGUCCAGUGUAUCUACUCUUUAACAGUUAAGCUGUGGAUCACCGACCUUCACUACAAGUUUUUGGUAUAGGCAUUCCUCUUAUUAUGUUGGUUGGUCUUCUUGAUUUAUUAUUUUUUUUAUCCUCCUUGUUUCUUAUGUUUUGUUCUGUGAAAUGCUGAUGCGGACACAGUUACACAAACAUCACUACCGUUUUAAGGUACCUGCGUCCUGGACUCCCAGAGUUGUUACUUUGUCACGUUGGAUGUCGGCAUCUUGCAGUUGCUGUUUAGUAAUUGCAUGGUACAUUUACCACCCCCUCCCCUGCCCCCCACCCCCAAAAAAGAGAUACAUGUUAUUUAUCGGCCUGAUCCACUGUUGCUUGUGACCUCUCCUGGCUUAAAUGGAGUCCACAAUGCAUUGCCUUCAAACGUUAUUGUACUUGUCAGCACUUACUGCAGCACAGCGUAAUGUCUGUAGUGCAAAAGGUGUUUUUGUACAUCAAAUUCUCUAGCCAUCUCUGCAAAAGACUUUGCAGCUGCAUUUGAAUGCUUGCUUGUUUGACAUAACAAAGAAAAUAAUUCAACAAAACAAAAAAAAACACAAAAAAAAGACAAACUCCAAACUGUGACCAUACUGCUAUCACUACUAUUGGUACUACUACUAUUCAACUACUUCAGGGACUGUUUGGCAUCUGUGGAUGCAGACUCUCAGCUACAUUUGUAAGACAUAGUAUUGUAUCGAUUUCUCUGUAUUUUAAUCAUGGGAAAAGCAAAAACACUAGUUUCAUAUUAAGACAAGCAGGGGGGUACUUUUUCAACUAACGCAAAGAGCCUUGACAAAGGCCAGGCAGCUCGAAAGAAGUCUACAUUUUAGUUAGUGACGCGUUUGUGUUCCGAUAUAGUUGCAAAGUUGUACAAAAUACUAAGAAUAGGAAGAAAAAAAAAGCUCAUAUCCAAAUCCACAAACUAUUUUUUAAACCAAAGCACAUUUGAAUGAUUAUGGAACCAUGUGUGGCUCUAAAAAGAAACAUGUAUUUAUCUCAUUGUUUACAUAAACUUUUACAGUUUUACAGACCUCAGUUGAGGCUCGGCAAGUCAGAGAGGUGGUGUUAUUAUUAUUAUUUUUUCCCUUUUUUGGUAAAGAUGCUUUUCCUUAUGUUGCUGCCAAAAAAAAGUAAAGCAUCAAAUCUGGGGUGAACUGCUGCAUAUUCAAUUAAGGCGAGGGGUGUGUGCCAGCUGGCUGUGUGGUGACCCUGCACCCCGGUCCCCCCCUGCCCUCUGGCCUGUUUUCAGAUGGGACCUCAGAGUUAGGGGGUUAGGAGGGGGGGCAGUGCGUCCUUGACGUGUUAAUCAAAAGGCAUUGUUAGCUGGGUUUUUAGCUCAAUUAGCAUCUUUCUGUUACCCAAAUGCGCUUAAGGACUACCUCUGCUGAUUUGGGUCUCGUACUGUGUCGCCGUUAGACUGGUUUGGCUUGUUGUUGUUUUGGUAAUAUGGUACAUCUCUUAAUGCUGGAAAUUCUGAAAAAAACGCUACCUGGAGAGUGUAGAUCUGGUAUGUUCACUGCAUGUUAACAAGCAUAUCUAGUAGUCUUAACUGUGAAUCUUAUGGGUGUUUUUUUCUGCUUCUGUGAUGUUGUAUUUUAUUUUAAUUUUUUCUUAGCUGCCUGUGUACUGCAGGUGGAAGCAGCACAGACCCCCUGGCUGGCCGAGCCUCCUACAAAGUUGGUGCAAACACUUAUUGACAGUGUUCUUUUUUUUUAUCAAAUGUUUAUUGUCAGUGAUGAAUGUAUUUAUUUCUGGUCCUGCCUUCCCCUCUGUAAAGAAUU